CGCCAACACACAUACACAUACUGAUCUCUUCUUGAAUUCAUUCGCGCUUGAGUUUCAAAAUCAUCAACAAUGGAUUCAGGAAGUCCACCGGUUGACAUCAUUUCGACGUUAUCAGACUGUCUGCUUGUUCUGAUAAUAUCUUUCCUUCCCUUCAAGGAUGCACUGAAAACCAGUAUGCUUUCCAAGCGCUGGCGAUACUUGUACCGGGAAGUGAGAAACAUCUGUUUCAGAGAGUCCGAAAUGGUGACUUUUGCUGGCAACCAUAUUGAUCAGUAUUACCAAAGAGCACAAUUGGUUGCCUAUAUGGUUGGCUGGGUUGACAAUUUUACCGGUGGAGUUAUUGAGAGUUUCGAGCUUUGUCUCUCGAACUCAUAUUCUUUCGAACAAAGUGUCACAAGACUGAUCGAAUUCGCAGUUUCCAAGAAUGUCAAGCAUCUUAUUCUUGAUCUCUCAGAGCGUCGCUGGAGAGUCAGAGAUGAUGCAGUAGCAUUAGAACUGGGUUUGAUUCAAGUUCCGGAAAGUUUUUACAAACUUACCACUCUCGUGACGUUGAAGUUAUUCGGUUGCCGGUUUAAUCCAUCAAGGCUUGCGAACCCGGGUUCGGUUAAAAUCCUUUGCUUUCGUUGGAUCCGUCUUGAGAAUAUCUCGGCUUUGAUAGCGAAGGCACCAUUUCUCGAGACUUUGAUCAUGAAGAAUUGUUGGGAGAUUGGUCUUGAAGCAAUAACCGGAUUUAACGACCGGGUAAGGAAGGUUGUAUUUAAGAACUGUGUUUUCUCGGUGGAGAAAUCUACUCUCGACGUUCCCAACAUUCAGAUCUUCAAGUACUUUGGAAAAGUUCAUCACUUUGAGUUCGUGAGUGCGAUUAGGGGAAUGGACGAAGCUUAUCUUGAUUUUGGUGAAGCGAGCGAGUACAAUGUUGGCACUGGAACCCAACUCUGUACUCUCCUCUAUCAUCUCCGAUCCGCUAGGACAUUCACGGUUUGUCCUUAUCUUCUCCAAGUGAUCCAGGAGAGUGAAGAUUCGGUUAGACUGAAAGAACGGAUGGAGACAAGACAGUUGGUACUGAAGUCUGCUCUGGAACCCAAUGAGUUCAUUGGGAUAAGAUUUAUGAUCAAUAGCUGUCCAUGUUUGGAGACUUUGUCAUUCCAAAUGGUGGAUCCUAGGCUUAUUGAUAUGAUGGUUCCUCAAUUCGAUCCAGAGGCUUAUUGGGUGGACAAUAUCAGUCAUAAGUGUCUGAAGAGGACACUUAAGAAGGUGGAAGUUUGGAGUUUCAGCGGAGGUUCGUACGAGUUACAUGUCCUCAAGUAUCUGAUUCGCUAUGGUCGUGUGUUGGAGAGAGUGGAUCUGUAUCUGCCAAUUGGAUUGGAUGAGGAUCAAAUGCAUUCGGCACGUGCUGCAGCUGACACUGUGGGAACAGAGUUUGAGGCUGCUUCGAGCAAUUUGAACAUUUCUCUUCACUGAGGAACCUUCAUCUGAUUGAAGGAUGAAUAAAAUUUGGAUGUGUUA